AUGGAGAACAACACAACAGCUGAGUUUGUCUGCAACCACACGGAUGCAUGGGAGUGGGUUUACACCAUGCAGCCUGCCUAUAUGUCGAUCAUCUGUCUUCUGGGAGUAAUCGGCAACUCCUUCGUGCUUUGCGUCCUCUGUCUUCAGAAGCGGAGAAGUUCUGUUGCUGACAUUUACCUGAGCAAUCUGGCAGCGGCUGAUCUCCUCAUGGUUUCCUGUCUGCCGUUCUGGGUAUCAACUAUAAUCAACAAGUUCCACUGGAGAUUUGGGGAGUUCAUGUGCCAGCUUAUCAAUAUUGUCAUUGGGAUGAAUUAUUAUUGUAGUGUGUUGUUCCUUACUGUUGUGAGUAUGGACAGAUAUAUGGCUCUCACUAAACCAUUGUCCCAAGGAAGGCAGAGGCAGCCUUUCUGGGCACAUGGAAUUUGUGUAACCAUUUGGAUUGUUGGUAUCUUCCUCAGUUUUCCUGCUUUUCUUUUCCGCUCUGUGCAGUUCUUCCCCCAUCUGGGCAUUGAUGCAUGCUACCUAGACUACCCCCAUGAAGGGUGGCGAUUGCGGUACAACAUAACUGUGAACAUAGUCUGCUUUCUCAUUCCUGUCCCAAUUGCAUUGUUCUGUAGUUACCACAUUACUAAAGUCAUUCUAAAGAGACAGAAGAUGAGAAGAAGCAACAGCGGGAGCGCGGAGAGGAAGGCAGCGUACCUUGUGCUUAUUGUUUUGGCUGUGUUCAUUCUCUGCUGGCUGCCUUAUCAGAUUCUGAUCUUCUUUGACACCUUGGAUCACUAUGAGGUCAUCUCUGGAUGCACGUGGGCAUACGUGCUGGACAUUGGCAACCAGUUAGCUACGUACCUUGGCUACAGCAACAGUGCAUUGAAUCCUUUCUUGUAUGUGAUUGUUGGGAAGAACUUUAGGGAGCGGGCAAGGGAAGUGUUUAAACCCCUUCUAUGCAGGAGGAAAGACCAGUGUGAGGCAUCUGGUCAUGGUAAUGCCAAUCUCAUCUCAAGUAAACAAACAGAGAGCACAAAAAUCUAA